CACACAACCGGUCAUCACUUGUUUGAUCCCAAUCUUCGUUAAGAAAUGUCGAAAAUGUCUUCAAUCAAUCAUUUCGGUCGCCGAAAGCAGAGCCGCGAGAGUCCCAUCAGUUUUGUCCAAAUCGAUGGACUCGUGAUUCUGAAGAUCAUAAAACACUGUCACGAAGAGGGCAGCGGUGCCGGCGAAGUACAGGGCGUCCUCUUAGGUCUUGUUGUCGAUAAUUGGCUCGAAAUCACGAAUUGCUUCCCAUUUCCACGCAAUUCAGAAGAGGACGAAACCGACGAAAUGGAGUACCAGUGCGUUAUGAUGAGACACCUGAGGAAUGUGAAUGUGGAUCACCUGCACGUGGGAUGGUAUCAAACCAAUCCAUACGGCAGUCAAAUAAGCAAAUUGGAGACAAUAGACUCGCAAUACAUGUAUCAGUCGGCUAUCGAGGAAUCUGUUGUCAUAUUUUACGACCCGAUCCGCACUUCGCGCGGCUUUUUGUCGGUAAAGGCGUAUCGAUUGACAAACGUUGCGAUGAAGUUAUGCAAAGAGGGAGAGUUCACUGCAGACACACUGAGGACUAAUCACAUGUCUUUCGAUAAGUUCUUCGAAGAGAUUCCGGUCGUCAUAAAGAACUCGCAUUUGAUUAACGCUCUGCUGUGCGAAUUGGACUCAGAAAUGCCCGUCGAUUGCGGCAAACAAUUGCUAGAUAUGGGAGGCUUUGGUGUCUUAGAGAAGACAAUGCAGUCGCAGAUGAAAUGCGUGGAAGAAGUGAGUAAACACUCGAAUCACUUGAGACAACAGACGGCUAAACAGCAACACGUGUCCAAAGAGAACGCUAUGAGAGCACAGAGAGGCGAACCGCCGCUCAACGAAGAAGAAGUGAACAAAAUCCUCAAACCAUUGGCUCCAUUACAACGUCUGGAAUCGCUUCUCAAUUACAGCCAAACGUUGAAUUAUUGCCAGCAAUCGGCCGCUUAUUCAACACAAAACAUCUCCAAACUAUUUAUGGCUAAAGCCUUACAAUCAAACACUUCAACUCAAGACAAAUAAAUUAUUGAAGUAUUAGUUUAAUUACUUGUUUUGUAAUCUUCUCUCAAAUUACUUUUAUUUUCAAUCAUUUAUAAAUUACAGUAUGUUUUUGAAUUAAAUUAAAUUACAAAUAAAUAUUGAAUUUGUAUUUGACUUAAGGAAGAA